AUGACUACAUCAGAUUUAACUAUUAAUGAUUUACCAAAAGAUGGUAAAUCAGCAAAGGUUAUUUAUUCUAAACUACAUGAUUAUACAGUCCAACCGACAGAACCAAUGAAUUAUUCAAAUACUCAUACUCAACUUCAUCAACCUCAAUCGGCGUACAAUAUUGAUUCUUCGUCACCUUCUAUCUAUCUGAAUCAAAAUAUAUUUCAAUACACAGAAAAAAUUAGUAAUUACACAAUGUGGUCUAUUAUAAAUAUUUUCUGUUGUAGUUUAUGUCUUGGUUGUAUUGCUUUGCAUUAUUCAAACAAGACAAAAGAUUUAAAAAGAAGUGGUCAUGUGCAAGAUGCAUUAAAAACUUCAAAAAAAGCUCGUAAUAUCAAUAUAAUUGCUACAGUCACGGCAGUAAGAGCUGCUGAUAAAAAUAUUGUUAGUAGUAAAGAUAGUCCUGUAAAAGCUACUCAGUCAUGUCUUGACGGGAAUGGUUAUAUUAAUGAUUAUCCAACAAGUCGUCUUCUUCGUGAUGCCAAACUAUGUGAAAUAGGUGCUGGUAUAAGUGAAAUUCGACGAUUACUUAUUGGCCGCUCGAUUAAUGGAGAGUAUGGUAUUAAAUCUUAG